CUCAUUCAUCAUUUGUUCUUCAUGUGAUCAUAAUUUUAUAUUGUUUAUGUUUCAUUGCGUACAUCACUUUAUAUGCUCCAGUUUUAGGAGUUUUAUACAGGACAGUGUAGGAACCCAUGUUACUUUCCCCUAUCUUCUGAGUGACGAAAACUGCUCAGCAGGCCGUGUGCACAACUGCAAGGAACAUUCAGCGGACACGUUGUCCAAAGGAACAAUUCGUGGCUAACCACAGCUUUUUCACCAUUUGGAUUGGUAGUGAAAUAAAAGUCAGCUCCUGAUUGUUUUAUCUUUACAUAAACCCAGUCAUCUUGGUUAAACUCGCUGGUCCGGCCAGUACAGUGAAAAAGCUACAACUUGCCUGUUGUUUUUCUUGGAUAACGUACGCCACUCCACGACAGUCAGCAGACCCAUAACGUAGUUUCAACGACAACGUUUCGUGCUAGUAAAUUGACAACAACUUGUCUACACAUCUCCUGAACAGGAAAUACAACGGAGCAACGUUCGUAGCUGUUACCUUGACACUACGCAACACAGCUUGUGCGUCCUAGGCAGCAAACCAACAACGUUGAACAAACAUUGCCUACUUCUAGUUGAUUUACAUCAUGGAUCCCAGUCACGAACAGCAAGAAGAGGUUCAGCCCCCUGAGGGAGAUGUCCCUAAAGAACUAGAAGAAAAUCCGUCUGAUAACACACAUUUAGAUGAAAAUGCCGAGACUAGGCGAGUACGUGAACUUACCGAAAAGGGACAGGGAGCCUUUAUAGAAAAACGUGACAAGUUCUAUCACGACUUAGAGGCCCUAUGGUCAAACCUAGAAUCUCAGUUAUUAAAAACGACCAAGCCUCCUAACGACCUCCAGCAAUUGCUAACAUCACAAGAUAAAAUUGUACAAGCCUGUACUAAUUAUCGCAGGCUCACAGACGAGUACUUGAAAUUUCUCAAAAAUACUAGAACAUUAGACAGCCUUCAAGACAUUGAUACGUGCAAAUUUUCAACGGAUAUCCGAAUGUCUAAAGUCGACCUGGCAAUUGAAACUUUACAGGAGCAUCGCCUUACCCUCACAAAGGCUAAAUCUACAAAAACGAGGACAUCUAAGGGCAAGAACACCUCGCAUAGUAGGAGCUCAAACGUCUCUGACAUGUCAAGCCUAGCACGGAGAAAGCGUGCCAAGGCAGAGUCCGCUAGAUCAAGGAUAGCCUUUGCCGAGCAACAAGCUGCCCUCUUAAAGCAGGAGGCCGUAUUAGAGGAACAGACCCUAUACAGACAAACAGAAAUCAAGGCCAAAAUAGAACAAGAAGCCAUCCGUGCAAAACAAGAGGCCACACGUAGAAUUGCUGAGGCUGCUCACCUGAAAGCUCGAAUUGAACAGGAGGAGGAGCACAUCAAAGCUGAAAAAGAACAGGAGGCCGUUCGCAGGAAAACUCAAAUGGAACAGGAAGCAGCACGUGCGGUCCGAGAAAAAGCCGAACUUAGGGCUGCUAUGAAGAUUCUCGAAGCAAAAAGAGAAGCUGCAGCCGCAGAAGCCGAGGCUCGUAUCCUGGAAUACGACGGCAGCCAAGCAGUUAGCGAUCUCCCUGACGAAUCGGAAGACCCUCUCCAGCGUGUGCAAGAUUUCGUCAAUAAACAUCCUGUACUAACUGCUGUAAAGGAAGUAACAGGUCCUCAAAAGAUGAGACAAAGUCCUGUUAAGAUUGAGCUGAGUCAUGAAGCACCAGCGUUCGUGCCAUCCGUGGCACUCAACUUGCCGCCACAGACAUCUGCUGUUUUGCCUUCUGAUACCAAGUCACCGGAAGUUACCUUAAUCCCAGAUCUGGGAAUAGUAACCGGCAUACAAAAACUAGGCCUUUCGGAGGAGAUCCCUACUGAACACCAAAAACAAGGCGUAAUAGAAGAGACCCCUGUUGCAUACCAGCAACAAAUCAAUCCUACGUCGGAGAUAACCAGAUUUCUCCUACGCAAGGACCUGCUGUUCUCCCGGCUAACAAGCUUUAAUGACCGGGCAGAAUCCUUUCAUACAUGGAAAGCAAGCUUUAAGAACGUGACAGACGAGUUACAAGUUAGUGACUCAGAACAGAUUGAUCUUCUGAUCAAAUGGCUCGGUCCAGAGUCUGCUAAACAUGCCAUUAGCAUACGAGCGUCGAAUGCCAACAACCCAACAAGAGGCCUACGGAGACUAUGGGAGAGACUUGACGACCGAUAUGGAGCUCCAGAAAUGUUGGAGGCGUCUCUCGUUAACAAACUUGUCAACUUCCCAACACUGACGAAUAAGGACAACUCACUCCUUUACGAUUUGUCAGAUAUUAUCUCAGAAAUAGAAUAUCACAAGGAAAAUCCCAAGCUGGGAUGUUUGCUUGCGUAUUUCGACUCUUCAUCCGGGAUAAAUCCUAUAGUGGAAAAACUGCCAUACGGACUCCAAGAAAAGUGGAUAACAAGGGCUUCAAGAUACAAGUCUAAAUAUGAAGUUGCAUUUCCACCUUUCACAGAAUUCUCUGCCUUCAUCAGGGAAAUUAGCAAAAUAAAGAACGAUCCUGGGUUCAUUUUUGGGUCAAGAGUCACACCAAGUACAAAAGGUGCUGCGCCAAAGUUCACACCUCAAACAUAUUCUAAAGUCAAUGUUCAUAAGACAGCAGUUGAACAGCAACCUGGAGACAGCAGUGAACAACAAAGUCUUUGCAUUUUGCAUAAUACAAAGCAUACCUUAAACGAAUGCCGAGCGUUCCGUGCCAAAUCAAUCGAGGAACGCAGGGAACUGUUGAGGCAAAACAAUCUGUGUUACAAAUGCUGUGAUUCGACUAUGCACAGAAGUCGUGAUUGCAAGGCAAGUAUCAGUUGCAAUGAAUGUGGAAGUAAACAACACACCACCGCAUUACACACAAAUCGAGUGUACCAACCCAAAGGUGUACCGCCUUCACCGCCUAGAUCAGUCCACGGCGGGGGGCUAAUUGAUACAGCCUACGGCGGGGAGCAACUUGAGUUAGCUGAAACCAAGCUAACCUCUGUUAGUUCAACUUGCACAGAUAUCUGUAAAGAUGGCAACAGUAUUAAAUCUUGUGCCAAGAUACUCCCUGUGAAUGUCUUUCACAAAAAUAAUCAGGAAAAAGUAAUUCGCAUGUAUGCAAUUAUUGACGACCAAAGCAACCGGUCUCUCGCCGCUCCUGAAUUCUUCAGCCUAUUCAACGUACAGGAAGAAACAAAAGACUAUAUGUUAUCCACAUGCUCCGGCAGCAAGGUUACUUCCGGAAAACGAGGAAACGGCUUUGUCGUAAAGUCUGUACAAGACAAUACUAGAUUCAAUCUGCCUGAACUGAUUGAAUGCGAUAACAUUCCCAAUAAUCGGAACGAAAUUGCUACAACUGAGGAUAUAUUGCAAUAUCAACACUUGCAAGAACUACAAAAAAAUAUUCUCCCGAUUGAUGGAAAAUGCAAAAUCCUAUUGCUCAUUGGAAGAGACCUAAUAGAGGCACAUCACGUCCUUGAUCAACGUCUAGGACCACCAAAGGCUCCAUUUGCGCAAAAGUUAAACCUGGGUUGGAUUAUCGUUGGUGAAAUACGCUCCGAUAAGCAACAUGUUCACCUUGAACUCACUACAAAGGAAACAAAUCCAGCUUGCAGUGUUGUGAAACCACAUACAAAGAAAUUACCUGAGUGUAAUAAAACCAACACCCAGUCAAAUGGAAUUCGAACUGAUUCGUUUAAACAAUAUCCCCGUUUACAUUGGCAACCAAAAACGAAAUCAGCGACUUCGAUCGUCAAAUUUGCAGAAGACGAAAAGUUCAUUUCGGAAGCAACAUCACUAAAAGUGAAUGCCGACAAAGAAAAGUACAUCCGAAAACAUUCAAUUCCCAAGGAAAGCUCCAAUUUGCCUUUGGAUACGCAAGGACAAGAGGAAAGUAGAAUAGACAAUUCGGACUUAAGUCACAGAGGAAAGGAACAUGACACCGGCUGGUCUACUAUAUGCCGUAAACGUAAAGGAAAGCGUCCGUUUUGCAAGACGUCCCCGUUGGAUCGCAUAUCUGUGUCGAAAGGAGAUUCAUUCAUCAGAACUACAGCCAUGGAAUUGGAUCUUAGAUCGCCGCGAUCUCGUCGGAAACACCACCUUAUCUAGGAAAGAAGCUGUGAAAUACCCAGCCUCCCGUUGGAUUACUUCCAAGUUCAUAUAAGUGGAACUUUGGACGGCUGUUAUAUAUUUAACAUUUUAUUUGUUUUAAUAAUGGAAUAGUGAUGUCAGAUAGACCUCAGACGGGGAGUGUUCUGGAACUCAUUCAUCAUUUGUUCUUCAUGUGAUCAUAAUUUUAUAUUGUUUAUGUUUCAUUGCGUACAUCACUUUAUAUGCUCCAGUUUUAGGAGUUUUAUACAGGACAGUGUAGGAACCCAUGUUACUUUCCCCUAUCUUCUGAGUGACGAAAACUGCUCAGCAGGCCGUGUGCACAACUGCAAGGAACAUUCAGCGGACACGUUGUCCAAAGGAACAAUUCGUGGCUAACCACAGCGUGAGUUACCUUUAAAACAUUACAAAUUAUGUCUUUACAUCAGCGAUGAACUGUUUUAAUAUGUUUUCCUAUGUUAUAAAGAAACUAUGAACAUUUAACCGUUCAAACUGUUCGUAUCUGCGAUUACACAAUUUAAUUCAGACAGAACCCGACGUGUGCAAGAAUAUUCAUCUAUUUAUUAUUAUAAAGAACAUUAACAGCUUUAUAAAUCUACGAACUGUUUAUCCGUAUUUUUAAUGGACUUUAAUUAUCAUUGAACACAUUGUAAAAUUGUAUUUAUAUUUGUAUUUUCAGUUUUUCACCAUUUGGAUUGGUAGUGAAAUAAAAGUCAGCUCCUGAU